AUAUUCUUCCUAGCAAAGAAUCACAUGAUGAAUUAUGCUUUAAGAUUUGGUCUCAGUUAAAAUUGGAGUCGAACAGUACAGAAAAAGCGUCGUGUCAAUCUGUCUUCAAACAUAUGAAAUCUAUAUCUGACUUCUUGAAUUGGCUUCAUCAAAAGGAAUAUUUCUCUAUCGAAGAUUUACAAUCGUAUUCACCUAAUCAAUUAAGCAUAUCAGAUAAUCUUGUUGGGAAUAAUAGUACUGCACCCUAUUGUCAUAUAUUUGUCACUGGUAGUUUGUAUAUGGUUGGUCGGAUAUUGAAG